UGGUAGUUUGUAUGGUGUAAUGAUGGGCGUUGCGUCGCUUCUGUGACUCGGGGCGAGGGUCCCUCCAAUAAGCUCGCUAACGAUUUUCGGCAUCACACAGCUUUGCGACCUUCCAACCGCAACAAGGACAAAAACCACCCUCUCCCUCAACAAAUCCCUCUCCUACUCUUAGGCUCACCUAUCUCACAAAAUGGCCGAUCCCCGUAUUGAAGAACUCCCUGACGAUGAGGUCCCCAAGACCCAGGUCGAAGAUGCCGGCAGCGACUCUGAGUCCGAGGCUGGCGAGGAGCCCACCAUCCCCGGUGGUGCCGCCGUCACCAUUCACUCUCGCAACGAGAAGAAGGCCCGCAAGGCCAUUGGCAAGCUCGGCCUGAAGCACGUCCCCGGUAUCACUCGUGUCACUCUCCGCCGGCCCAAGAACAUUCUGUUCGUCAUCAACCAGCCCGAUGUCUACCGCUCCCCCUCCAGCAACACCUGGAUCAUCUUUGGUGAGGCCAAGAUUGAGGACCUGAACUCCCAGGCCCAGGCUUCCGCCGCUCAGCAGCUCGCUGCCGCUGAGGCCGCUGCUGGCGACCACGCUGGCCACGACCACGAGCACGACAAGGGCAAGGGCAAGGCCGCCGAGACGGAAGCAAAGAAGGAGGAGGAAGAGGAUGACGGCGAGGAGGUUGACGAGUCUGGUCUCGAGCCCAAGGAUAUUGAGCUUGUCAUGGCACAGGCCAACGUUUCUCGCAAGAAGGCCGUCAAGGCUCUGCGGGAGAACGACAACGAUAUCGUCAACUCUAUCAUGGCUCUCAGCAUAUGAGCUCGGUCCAAUUAAUGCGCGCUACUGAUGGCUGAAUGCAUUUAGUCCAUGUUGGUCAUAUGGAUUCUGGGGUUUGAGAUCAGACUGAUAUUCCUCAGAUGCCCGGUUUGCCAGGCUUCAUAGUGUAAAUCAUUUAGUCCAAAAAGCAAAAUCAAUGAACAAAUUUUUGCGACAUCAUCAAUAUCAGAUUUCAAAUGCAAGCAAUCGCACUUGUAGCUUUUUCUAAACCCGCAUCGACUAC